CAUGUAAACAGCUGUAGGUGUCUCAGAGGCUGAGAGCAGUGUUCACUGCAGAGCCCUUCAGGUAAGUAGCCAGAGGCUGGUGGGCGCCCGAGUGAUAUAUUGGCCCCAGGUCCAUAGGAGAUCUUUUGUUUUUCCUGCUGUGAGUCUUUGUGAUGAGACUGGGCUGCAGAGCUUGCAAUCUACAGGAGUGUGGACUGAUCUUUUGUAGUAUGUUAUAGUCAAGAACAAUGUAGGUUAUAUCCUGGAUGCAUUGGAAUCUAGAUCAUUUUAUUUGAGAGAAUUUAAUCAUGUUUUGAUACAGUUAGCUGUGAGUGCAGCAAUAUAGAUUCUGGUAUUAAAAUAAACAUUAAUCUGAAAUAAAGUUUAUUAUUUGAAAUGAAUAUAUUUCUAAUUCGUUUGUGUGUUUUAUUAGAAUCAAAACUCAUUUUCUGCGCCGUGAAUUAAUGCUUGCAUAUUUAUUUUUAUUCUGAUUUUUCUCGAUGCAUUAAUUUGCACAUAAUGUCUAUAAAUACAGUUCAUGAUUUUUCUUUUGUGUGUAAAAUAAUGUACAGGGUCCCUUAAAACUACCCACUACGUAAUCUGGGUACAUAGAUAUACAUUAUACAAUUUAAACUUUGUUUAGAAGGAUAAUGCAUGUUUGCUUGUUACAUGUUAAUGUAUUGAGAUUUUGAACUUGAAGGGUUAGAGGUGCCUUAUUGUAUUCAGCAAUGACUGCAACAGAUGGUCUUAUGACCCCAAGGAUUAGAUGUGCAAUCAAUUUUGGGCAGCCUUGACGCUUUGGGAUGUCUGUGUUCUAUUGCUGUUAUGUUUCUUGUACAGAGACUUUGUCUGUGCUAUUCUAUUCCUUUGCUAAUGCAGCAUAUGAGGUCAUUGUAGUGUGGCUGUUGUUUAUGGCUUGUUCUGUUUAUCCUGCCUUCAUAUCAGAAAUCUUAAAUUGGGUGUCAUGGAAGAGGGGGUGUGUGUUUUCGAAGCUGGUUUAUGAAUAUGCAUAAAAAAACAGCUAGAUACUUCCUCAAUUCGUUUUUAUACAGCAAUCUCCUGUUCUACUGCAACACAAAUACAACAUGGAUUACUUCCUGCAUGACAUCUGAUCAAGGAAUAUUUUUUUAUUUUUUUUCCCCUGUACAGUUAUUUUUUUUUUUUUUUUUAUCACUCGAUAACCGAAAGCUGUUAGACUGGUGGAAAAAUUGUAUUUGAACAGUCCCUAAGCUUCUAUAAAUAGUAUUGAUUGUUAUCGUAUUUUGCAAUCUAGUCCAAGCAUGUGUAUGAGGCCUACCUGAGUUUUCUCGGUAUGACUUGCUGAACUGAACUAGUUAUGGAUAGCCUGGUUGAUCAGUAUGUUUGUUAACAUUAUGAAUUAUUAAGCAACACCUCAAAAUUAAGGACGAGGUUUAUUUUUUUUCCAUUCCCCUUUUAGUUUUUUUUUUUAAUUUUUAAUAAAUUGUCAGGCAGAUGCUUUUAAUAAAAUGUAAGGGUUUUCAAGUAGUUAUAAUAAUAAUAAUAAAAAAAAAAUGUGAAAGUCCUUUUAAUGUAUAUUGCUUUUGCUACUGUUCGUAAUACUCUCACAAUUGCUUAUAAAUGGAAUUGAACUCAUUGUAGUUGCUCUGGUGCCAGGCCUCCAAGACAAGCUUUGAGACAAAUGGAUGAUUAGUUAGCCACAGAAGGUCCAGAGUCAAAGUAUAAUAUCUCUGCGCAUGUCACAAAAUGUGCUGUAAUACAUUUCCUAUAUUUUUGGGUAGAUUUUGUAACUAUUCAAAGUGGUAGGUGUGGAAAAAAUUACAAAAGACUAUAAUUCCAUAUUAUUAUUUUUUAUUAUUAUAUUGCGUUUAAAUAUUUCUCAACGACCUGUUGGGAACAGUAAUGAUAUUUAUAGUUGGGAAAAAUUUGAAAGAGAAAACAAUGCCCCACAUUAAUCAUCUUAUUAUGUAGACGUUUGACGCCCUUAUAAAUGAUUUAUUCAAAGGACUGUUAAGUCUUAAACACUGUACUGAUAAAACAAGGCAUUUGUGUGGGUUCCACACCUUGGAUUUAUCUGGGACAGGCAAUAGUACAUACAAUGUCAACAACACUUAAUGUGCACUCAUUCCUCAGUACUUGGCAGUAUCUUCUAACUGAUCGCUUGCAUAUCUGAGCUCUGUUUUUUGAUGGUGAUCGUUGUGUACAUUGGAGUGCUAUUGUGAAUUUGUGAACAAAAUUUGUUUUGAGAUCUGAGUAUUUAUUUUUUAUUUUUUAUUUUUUUGUACAGCCCCUUGGUUGGAAUCGUAGUACAUUUCCCAACUACACAACAGUUGCAAUGUAGUUGAUUUACUUAAACUAUCUCUGCAUGUGCUGUGAAAUGUUUCACUCAACCCCAUAGACUUUGCUCGGGUCUUUAAUUUAAAAUACAGGGCGGAAAAAUAUAUUGUUACGCAAAAUACUACUUGAAAGGGCAAUAAGUCCCUUAAUGUUUGAUUUUUAAUGUGACUCUUUGUAAAUCAUGUUUGUUGUGGAAUUAUAAGGUUUGUUCUAAAAUAUUUUCAUAAUAGUGUAUAAAUCUCAGUUUUUGUCUUUGUGAAAAAAUGACCCCAUUUGAGUGUUAACUACUCAUUUGUAGUGCUCAGAUGUUUGUGUGGUUAAUAUUUAGAGACCUGGUAUUGUUGGGCAUUGCAGCUUAAUCUGCUGAAACAAACAUAUAUUUAAUUUGAUGCCCCAUCAAAGUUGUGAGGUUCACAAGUAUUUUAUUUUACUUUAGCAUUGUCUUACUUUGAUGUACGUGAGAAAUUAUGAUGUUAGUACUAGUUUAUAAGUUGUUGUGGUUUGUUUUUGUGAUUAUUUUUUGUAACAUAUUAAAUGGUUUGUUUGUUUGUUUUUUGUGUGGAAUAUUUCUUCCACUCUAUAGGAUUUCAGAAAAAAAUACUGAACAUGCAGCAUUUUAUUGGUUUAAACACUUACAGUACAGUGUGUAGUUUAGUAUAAGAAGAAAAAUCUACUAUAUAUAUAUAAACUCGAUGUACACAUGGAGAACAUAAAAUUUUUAAGAUUUUGAAAUUUUCCACUUUGAUUUUCCAGUCCCUCCCCUAUGUCGUCUCAAUUUUCCAACUGUAACGCGGUUUCUUGGAAUGAAAGGGGAGGCGUCGUUUUCCCAGUUAUACAGUCGUAUAACCAUUGCAGUGCCAAAAAAGAAAAAUUGCUGACUUGCUAAUUAAUGUUUUGAGGACUGUAAAAGUGAAGCACAGUAGGGGUUUGCUCUGGGCCCUAAUCACAAUUAACUCUAGCCCACAGUUUUUUGCUUUUCUAAUAAAAAAAGAUUUCUGGACGAGGAGAAUGUGUGGAAUUUUACAAACUAGGAAAAGAGAUCUAAGCCUGGACAUAAUUAUUAUUUAUUUAUAAAGCGCCAACAAGUUCCGUAGCGCUGUACAAUGUUUAAUAGCUAAAUAAAGUUUGUUCUACUGAGUUGGUGUAAAAUAUUGAAGUCAUGCAAAUUUUCUUUCACACAGGGUUUCUUUCCAGCAAUCUGGGAUCUCGGCUCUCCCAAAUUAUUUUAUUCUUCACUCAUCUCCCCCAAAUUUAGUCAUCCAUUUUUGACAUUCGCCCCAUCUUUUUUUGCAUCUUGGAAUUACACUUUCUAAAUUUUUUGGCCAACAUGGUACAGAAGAAAAGUCUAGAGAUGAAAGGAUUUCACCGUUCCUUUAAGGUGAGGAGUUAUUUUACCACUUUCAACUUUGUUUUUUUUUAGGGAUAAAAUUUAUCCAUAAACAAUGCGCAUCUUGUUUUGAUAGACUAAUGUAAAAGAAAUGUAGCCAUAUAGCUAUAUUAUAUUAAACAGUGUUUGCAGUGUCCAUACAUCUAUGUCCGUAGUAAAUUAGUAGUUUUGAAUGGGACUAUUGACUGCAUCAAACCAGUUGUCUCUGCUAUUUGUCACUAAUUGCACUGGUCACAAAUGAUAAAUUGUAGGAUGGAAUGGCUAUGGGGGUGGUGCUGCUAUUCAUUUGGGCUAAGGAUACUUUUACACAGUGUUAAAUGGGUGUACUGCUUUCUAUGGGGUAAUGUUGUAGUUUUUUUUUCAUUAGAGGGCUUGCUACUUUGCAAAAAGUUUUGUUGCCUUCCUUCAAUACCCAUAUAAUUUUACAUUUGCUUCUUCAUGAACAAGGAAAACAGCUAUAAAACUGAAAGGGGGGAUGUCACACUAAUAUACGUUCUUAUUUUUUUUUAUUUUUUUUAUUAUUUAUAUAUUGUUAUUGGUGUAGCAAAAACAUGUAAAUUUGCUUUAAAAAUAGGUCAAUGUAAAAAGUGGACUAUAUUUACCUUCGAUAUCUUACAAGCAUGUUAAAAUAUGCAACUCCAGCAAAAAUGCCCUUUCUGUAUUGAAUCUUAAACAAAAUACAAAACAGCAGGCAAACAGAACCAAGGCCCAUUGGUGUCACCCCCAAUUUAUUAUGACGAGCAUAUCAACACAAAGUUUCAGAAAAGAGGGAUGUUUAUCAAUGCGAAAUGCCUUUGUAUUGACACAAAUACAGGGGUUAAAUCCUCUAACUGGAAUCGGUGGCUUUGCAGUCCCUAGCACAAGAUGGGUUAACUAGAUGAUUCUGUGGAUUUGAAAAGUGUGAAGCAUUUCUGCAAGGGAGCUAACCACCAACAUCCAAUGACGUUCAGUGCCCUCUGGGGCAGUAUAAAAUCCCCGCCUUCAAAAUCCCCUUUUGUUCCUGGUCUGUGUGUAUUUUAUGUCUGCAUUAGAUCACGCCUUCACUGUGACAUCCAUCCGAGGCACGCUCCCACACUUUAAAAUAAGACUUGUUGCCAGGCAGAUCAUACGUAGGGGGGCGGCGCUGUACACAGAGGAUGGUCCUAUUCCGAAGCAUAUUUUCAUUAACCCCAAAUGCUGCCACAAUGCACUGAAUAAUCUAGAAACAUUACUUAUAUUUUCAAGGAUUUGUCUCCGAUGAGAUGUGCACAAGUUUGUGUUUAAAAUUCCUUGUUGAAAUAUUACAUUGUCAUGUCAAACCCCAUUAUAUAACCGUAUAACCGAAUGUACAAAAAAUAUAUUUUUUCUUUUAAUUUCUGUUGAAAGGUUUCGUGCAAAGUCACAAUUAUUUAUUUCCGAUUCCAUGCUAAAUCUCUAACUGAUAAAACGCCACAAAUCAAAAUCUGCAGUACAUCAAUAAAUAUUUUGCUGAAAGUGUAACUUCUACAUUAAUAUAUAGUCCUGUUAAAUUCUUAGGGGGAACACACCUAAACAUGAUUUGUUGACAAAAUGUAAUUCUAAGCCUUCGUGCUGUGCCGUAAUAGGCAUUUCAACGUCCUGUAUUUGCUUUCCGUACAAAUAAAUAGAUGGUUUGUAUGUUCAAACUGUGCAUUUUAAAACUUUUGUUUAUCUUUCAACUUCAGGGUCAAAACCCUUUUGAGAUGGUGGAUUAUAGGAUGGGAUCCAGAAACAUGGAGACUGUAUUUAAUUUCGACUGCCCCACACGCCCUGGUAAAUAGCAUUGCAUUUUAAACUAUUGUAAGUUGUUAGAAUUUCAAGUCUGCAACAUCGAGCACCUUCCAUUGUAGCAUUGCUCUACGAGUUAUCAAGACAACUUCCUGACCUCCCCCUCCAUCCCCCCAUUCCCCCACCAAGUUUCACUGUGCAGAGAACGCAACCCUACAACAUUUGUUUCUAUAUGUCCCCACAAUGGCUUCCUUUGUUACUAAGCCAUGUAUGAAUGUAACCGUAUAGUGCCACAAUUGAGAAUUAGUUUUGAGUAGUCCCUACAAGCAUCAUCUGCAUUAAAUAACCCACUGAAGUGUGUGUAUAAUAUUGUGAUUUUGUUUUUCCUUGUCUCUGUGCAAUGUUUGUGUCGAUUGCCCAUACUAAAUGAAUAUGAUUGUCUUCUAGUAGCAUGAUUUCGAUAGUGCCAGGUCACUAAUAACUAAAUAAUGGAAUAAUUUCUGUAUUAGAUACAGCUAGUAUUGGACUGGAAAGUUCUGUUUACAAUAAUAAUGAUCAGUGUCAUGGCCGCCGUGCACUGCUUAUGCAGGGUACCGUAAGCAAAUAACAUUUAAAUGGACAGUGUUUUGAAAUCUGGAAUCAUGCGGGAAAAUGAACAUUUAACAUUCUGGUUUUGUGUCUUUUUUUUUUUUUUUUUUCGAUUGCAUCAGAUAUGCCAUCGAGUUCCCCGAUCGACAUUCCUGAUGCCAAGAAAAGAACAAAAAAGAAAAAGCGAUGCAGAGCAACAGACAGCUUCACCGGACGAUUUGAAGGUGAGAAUUUAUUUUUCACGUCCUUAAGCUUCUGCACUGCAUACGUGGGGAUUUUCAAAUGGGACACCAGUGUUCUAGCAAGUCAGGAAUAAAAGCUGUGACUUAUACUUACAGAGCUUGAGUUAAAAGAACACUAUGGAACACUCAGACAUACAAACAUGUAUUCCUGAUACUAUAGUGGUAAAUAUCACUAAUAAAAUGCCCUGCCCCCCUCACCUGCCUUUAAAAAGGCGAUUUUUACUUGUCUUUUAUCCCAUGCCGCGCUUUUUUCACAGCGUCUUGCCCCUCCUUUGUGGGUGAGAUCAUCAAACUUGACUGUGUCAGCCAAUCCAAUACUUCCCCAUAGGAAAGCGUUGGGAGGCUGUUGCGCAUUUGUAAACAUGGCAGUAGAGGUUAAGUUGAAAAAAAAGAAUACGCACUUACCUCCAUUGCAUGUCAGUGUUUUAUGUGACUUUGAUGUCUAAGGGUAUGUUUGGGCAUCUAUAAAAAAGUGUUAUGAGCACUUGGGCAUUUCCUUUUUUCAUUGGCAUACAGUGCCUGGCAGUGCAUGAACCCUAAAAACAACAACACUAGUGAUUAUAAUAUUUCUUUUUCAAAAAUAAACGGCACAGCCAAUUAACGUCUUACUAAUGACAGUUUGACUUUAAGGUAUAAUGUAGCAUUCUCCGAGAAUCCCCAAACAGGAAAGUUGAAAGAAUGCAGAUCUUAUUUGCAGGCUUCCCCCAUUUAGCAUACUUUAAAGCGGCGCUGUCACCGUCUGGAGACUUUGCCGAAUAUGUGAAGACUCCCAAAGGUGACAUCAGCACUGGUGGUCCGGUGGCUGGUGCGGGGCAGGUAAAAGUCAGAUUUACUUACCUGAAUCUUUCCCUUGCAUCUUCCUCCAGCCGGUCCUCUUCAGCUCCUGGCUCUUCAGGGCCAGUAGCCAGUGUCACUGCUGUAGUCUUGCGCUUGCGUGGGAUUACAGUAUUGAGGUCUAUGGAGGAGACCGAGGGAUCCUCCUAGACAGAGCCCAUUCCCUGCACUGGUGUCACGGCUGUUGGGAUUGACACUGUACCUCCGCCCAAGUGUUUAAGAAAUAUACAAAGACCAAGUAAAAUUCCAACACAGUCAAAACUAGUGUUUCAUAAAGAUUCUGUUUUUAUGAAAUACUACUUUUUCAGGGUUGGGUGACAGUCUGUCCAAUAUGUGAAGUGGCUGCACAAUUCCACUUUUUGGUAAUGAGGAUACUUUGUGUUCUGUACAGAUAUGUACCAACUGCAGGAUGAAGUUCUUGGUGAAGGUGCUUAUGCCAGAGUCCAGAGCUGCAUUAACCUAAUUACCAACAAGGAAUAUGCAGUAAAGGUGAGCUGCUGUUUUCUUUUAGAUUAGACGGCUCCUCCCUUCCUUUUUUUUUUUUAAAAAAACACGAAUUCCUUUGUUUACACAUGAAAUGGUCAUUUAAUCACUUGAAACAAUGACGAGGAAAUCCUGUUCUGCGUAGAAUUAUUUCUAUUUUGAAUCUGCGGAUAUUGAAUACCAGUAAUGAGUGUGCUUAACUGGUUUUGCCUUGGGUUCAGAAUAAAGAGCCUUGUGCUGUCUUUACCUCUGCUGACAUCAUGCUAAAUACACGCAUGGUACCUUAUUUAGAUGCUGACUCGAGAAGCAAGAUUGACUGAGUGAUCAUAUGUUAAAAAAAAAAAAAAAAAAGAAGCUUAGUACAGCUGUCAAAAUUGUAUCCAGGAGACCGUACUCUGUGUGUGGACUCUGAUUAAACUUGCAACUCAUUCACUCACUACAACUUCCUAAAGAGUACUGGAAAAACUGGAUUGUAGAUCACUACAUUUUAUUACUUUUUAUGUGAUUUACAAGAAUAAUGUUAAUUUGUAAAAAUGUAAAGGAACACUAUAGGGUCAGAAGCACAAACCUGUAUUCAUGACCCUAUAUUGUUCUCCCUAAAUAUAGUAAAACCUUACUUGUAUUCAAGUGUUCAGCUGCUGCCUCUGCCCCUUAUCUGUCUGCUUGGCUGACAUCAUAAAAAGUGAUUUUCUGAGCCAAUCACAAUACUUUCCCAUAGGAUUGUCUGAGACUGUCAAGGAGGCAGAUCAGGGGCAGAGCCAGCACAAGUAAAACACCGCCCUGGCCAAUCAGCAUCUCCUCAAAGAGAUUAAUUCAAUCAACCCAUCUCUAAAAGUUCAGUGUCUCCGUGCAGAGGAUGGAGACACUGAAAAUCAGUGAUGCACAGUGUGCAGCACUGCUCAGGAAGCACCUUUAGUAGCCAUAAGAGGAGUGGCCAAUGGACGGAUCCCUAGGCUGUAAUGUAAACACUGCAUUUUUUCUGAAAAUACAUUCUUUAAUUCAAAAAAGGAAAUGAUUUUACUCACCAGAACAAGUACAAUAAGCUGUAGUUGUUCUGGUGACUAUAGUAUCCCUUAAUGUUGAUUAGAUGGCAUACUUCACCCUUUUUCAGUUAGAUUAGCUUUUGAAAUUCAAUUCUGAAGGGCGGGUGUUCCAUUAAAUAAACUGAUGUAGACGGCCUUGUGUUCUGGAAUUCUGCAGUCCCCCUUCAUGUUUCCCAUCUGUUAUAACAAUGGACAGACUGCAGAAUGCAAGUCUAUUAACCAGAUCACUGCUUUCAGCUGUAGUCAAACAUUUGCCAUCAUUUAAUUCUGCUGCAGGGUGCCGAGCAUAGCUCUCUAGGGCUAAAAUCAAGAAGUAAAGACACACAUUAUGGAGAAAAUUUAAUUUUAUAUUGAUGUUAAGUAAGGAUUUUUUCUUUUUUCUAUUCCGCUGAAUAACUAUGACAUAAAAUGUGUCCUUGCAGAGGUGACCUCUUGUUGGCUUUUUCGUGGUGGCAAAAUCUCUUAUCUUUUGGCUUCUGAUUUAAACUGGUGGUGGAAGGGGGACAUCACCAGUGCCAAGCAGAAGCUUGUAUAUCACAAUCCUUUACUGCCAAGAGUGACGUGAUGUAUUAAGUUUAAGGUUACACAUUAACAUUUUGGAUAUUUAUUUUAAGAUUUGAAUCUGUUUCAGAUAAUUGAGAAGAGGCCUGGUCACAGCCGAAAUAGAGUGUUUAGGGAAGUGGAGAUGCUGUACCAAUGUCAAGGGCACAGGUGAGUACACAGAUUUAUAAUUGCAAUUGCUAUAAUGAGGGAGGCUGCUUUAAUGAGAGCGACGUAAUAAAAAAAUAUAAAUAUAUAUUAUUCCAAACUCUGUACAUCAAAGUACAUAUCACGCAAACAAAGUAAUUUUAAACACUCUAUAGAGUUUUUAUAGCUGCGGAAUAAGUUAUCGCUAUAUAAAUACUAUAAUAAUAUAGCUGUUAACCGCCAAGCUUUUAGUAAAAACAAAUAUAUGACCAUAUUUAAUGGUCUUCACCAUACAAGUUUUACUUUUUUAAUUAAUACCUAAGUAAGGUAAAAUCUAACAAUCCUUACAGAUCAGGCACAAUUCCUAUCAUCACUAAACUUUGUUGUAGUUCAAAAUGACCACGAGGGUUUGAGUUGAAUAGCUGGAUUUCCAAAAGUGUGCUCUCUAUGACUGCAGGCGAACAUUUUUAUUUAUGUCCAUCUAACCAUUCGCAAAAUGAAAAAUGUAUAUCCCUCUAUCGUAUGUUCUCCUGAUAAUUCCCAUGUUGUAAAUUGUUCUGUUCUCCUCUUUAGUUCUUGUUUUUUUGUUUUCUUGUCAUUCCGGUAGCAAUGUCCUUGAACUCAUUGAAUUCUUUGAAGAAGAGGACAAAUUCUACUUGGUGUUUGAGAAGAUGUGUGGUGGUAAGUUGUGUUUUUAUUUGGUUUGUGUUGGUGUCCAUCUGUUUUUGAAUGUACAGAUCUCUAGAUCAGAUUAUGGAAUUGGAUCUCAGACUAUAUAAUGGCUUGGUUUACUCUUAGACCACCAUAACCCUAUUCUUGUUGCCCACAGGUUCUAUAUUGAACCACAUUCACCGACGUAGGCAUUUCAACGAGCGAGAGGCUAGUUUUGUGGUUCGAGAUAUUGCUGGAGCGCUUGAUUAUUUGCACAACAAAGGUAGGUUUUUGAUUUAUUGAAAACAUUUUCUUUAGUCUGUAUGUUUCAGAAAUCAAGGUUAAAAUAUUCUGCUUGGGCUGACUAGAGACCAUUUCUAAAAAUUGUAUUUUUUUUUUUUUCUCUUUUCAGGUAUAGCACACAGAGACUUGAAGCCUGAAAACAUUCUUUGUGAAAGUCCACACCAAGUGAGUCAAUGUCUGUUUGUAAAUUAAGGUUGCGUGUAUAUGAGCAUCCUCUCUGAGACGGAGUCUCGUGUCAACUGGCAUGUCUGUUAUUUUAUUUCAAUUUUAUUUUUCCCCACUGUGUUCCUAUUGGUGGAGUUUGUGUUAUUUGAUUAUGUGGCUGGUAUUGUGUUAGUCCUGGCUAUGCAGUCUCUAGUAAUUAGCCAUUAGAAAUGAAGGAUAUAGGAUCACUAAAUGACUGUUCACUGGACUCCAUCAAAAAGGAAUCUAAGUGCAUAAACAAAAGUCAUAUUUAUAUAAAAAGGAGUAUCCCCACACAUUUAACAAUAGUGCUUGUACAGGCCAGAGUUGUGUUUUGCGUGCCAGUGAUAUAAGGAGGGAGUGUAUUUAUUGAUUGCUCGUGAACCACAUGCUAUCACAGUAAUUUUAUUUUCAUCUACAUUAGUGUUACAAUUCAAACUGUAUAUGUUGCCUUACUUCUUGUAUGCUUGUUCUGAUGUGAUAUUCUAAAGGUAAUUAAACAUCCGUAAACGAUGUUCAGCAAUUCAGUAAGCACCAGAUUUGCAUUAACUUACAGACGAGCCUCAUUUGCCAACCCUGCCCUACUUUGAUGUUUUUUAGGUAUCUCCAGUAAAGAUCUGUGAUUUUGAUCUUGGAAGUGGGAUCAAACUAAACAGUGAUUGCUCCCCAAUAUCCACUCCAGAACUGCUCACCCCGGUAAGAGUCGACUGUGUUUAUUUCAAGGGACAGUAGAAAACUGAUGCAUACUCAAAAUGAACUUCUCUUUAAAAACACAGACACACUUGUGAUAUUUGAGGAUGCGGCUUUAAAGAGGAGUUUUUGUAUGUGCCCAUCCUGUAUGUAUUCAAUCCACCAAACAUUCUAUUUAAAGGGAAACUAUAGUGCCAGGAAAACAAUAGCUUCCCCCUCUAUCAAAACCCCAUUUCCCCCCCCAUUUCCCCCUGUGGUGCAGAAGGGGUUAAUAACCCCAUAUGUCACUGACCCAGAUCCGCCCACACGCUCCUCCCUGCCAAUGUCAGUCGAUGGUGGAGACCUAAUAUGCAUGCGCAGUAAUACUCCCAAUAUAGAUAUAGCAAAUAUGUUGCUCGUGGGUUCCAAAUCCAUUUGCUGUUUUUGGAUUUCGUGAAUGCUGGGUCUACUUUGCAUUUGCUACAAGUUAAAACUAUUGGGACAGGAACCUUCUUGUGAAAAGCUAACUUUGACCGUGAAUUUUUACAUUUUGUUUUGCUCUUUUGGCCUACAAUUUACUUUAGCCUUCUCAAUUCACUCGGCUUCCCAGAUGACUCUGCAUGACAUUUAAUUAUUCAUUAUUCGUGCAUGCAUAUCCUCUGCCCUGGAUAAGUCCUUUCGUAAAAAAAUUAUUUAUAUCUUAAAGGUACAUUCCAGGCAUCAACACUACUUUAAUGCAUGUGAUAGGUUUUGGCCUAAUUAAUAAGCUGUAAUUUUUUUUUUUUUUUGCAUGCUCAAAUCUUUAUAGUUUUUGCAUAAAAUAAAUAAAUGUUUUGCAGAAUGCUGCAUUAGAAGUCUGCUUCUUUAGCCGUGCCCCCUCACUCCAAAAAAAUACUUCAAUAUGUUAGGUAUGCACACAGCUCAGCCACUGACAGUAUUGAAUUAUUUAAAUAACAAAACAGCAUGCAUUAGAAGGAGAGGACACCCAGGGAGUCCUAUACUAAGGAUAUCACUACCUGUUUGCAGUUUCUCUGACUGCCUGCAGCCAGGUUGUGUAUUAAAAUCUGCUCACUCAGUGCUGUUUGGGCUAACACUGUGUGUACAUUUGAUAAGGAAGUCUUUCUGGCAUGAGGGGGUGUGACUAGGGGGCAGGCUAUUGUGCAGAAUUUUGGAAAACUUUUAUUUAUUUUGUGCAAAGACUAUAGAGAUUUGAGCAUGCAAAAAAAUACAGCAUUUUAAUGAGGCCAGAAUCUAUGAAAUGCAUUAAAGUUGUAUUAGUGCCCAGAGUAUCCCUUUAAAACUAAAUGUAAUAGUUACUUUAUUGCAGAAACAUGUAGUGCAUUUACCUGUAUUAAAAAUAGCCUUGCUCCUGCAUUUGUAAGGCUUCAUAUGGUCCUUAAGUACAGCAGUGUAAGCCCAAUCUGUCUUCUGAUGACAUGAAUCGCUGUUGUUUUCAAAUGUGGAGGAGAUUUUGUGUAUAGAACUGAAUGUCACUCUUGAGUCUUGCCAGAUAUAUCUUGUUUAGUGUUUUGCUUUCACACCCCACUGCCUUUUUUGUCUUGCAUUCAACCCACAUUUUAAACCUCUCGUUAUCUAUACCCCCAAAGGAAUAGUUGUACAAUAUGCCAAAGGCUUGCACAACCACUACCCUAUCCAUUGCCAAUUCCCAGAAAGCAAACUGUCCCCUGGCAUAUGCCCAGAGGUGGAUUUUGCAGACGACGACGGUGGUGUUGUAAACAUCAGCAUCUAAAAAUGACCCUGCAGGCUUAGUCUUAACCCUUUCUUUCCCACAAAACUUUUCUCAAAAUGAAAAUGAAGAGAAAAAUAAAUCUAAUUCUGCUAAAUGGAGAAAAUCCUAUGUCCCAGUGCUUUGCUAUUUUUAUGACAUUUUGUCUCACACUGCCUGUGUGUAACUGCAGUAGGGGAGGUAUCUUUGUAAACAACGUGUUUUGCCCAUUGCAUGCAUGUUAAUAAUAAUCUGUUCUGUUCCUGCAGUGUGGCUCUGCGGAAUACAUGGCACCAGAGGUGGUGGAGGCAUUUAACGAAGAGGCGUCCAUAUAUGAUAAACGCUGUGACUUGUGGAGUCUGGGUGUCAUCUUGUACAUUAUGUUGAGCGGAUACCCGCCAUUUGUUGGACAUUGUGGGAGCGAUUGCGGCUGGGACAGGGGUGAAGCCUGCCCUGCAUGUCAGGUAUUUAUUUUGAUGUCCUAAUAUUUUUCAAACUACUCCAACCAGACAUUGCGCCUUUGCCCUUGUCACUACUGGCUGGCCACCUCUUAAUUUUAUAUAUAUAUAUUUUUUUAACACUUUACAUGCUUUUUGCAUAUCUGACUUGUAUGUUCUCUUGCUCUUCCAUCCCCAGAAUAUGCUCUUUGUCAGUAUCCAGGAAGGAAAAUAUGAGUUUCCAGAAAAAGAUUGGGCUCACAUCUCUUCUGGAGCCAAAGAUCUCAUCUCCAAACUGCUGCUUCGGGAUGCUAAGAAGAGACUGAGUGCUGCUCAGGUGUUACAGCAUCCAUGGGUGCAGGGGGUAAGUUUCUGUAAAAAAAUUGCUGCUCUACAAUAGUGCUGCACAGUUUUCCAAGUAAUGCAAAAUGGACGUUAUUUUGGAGAAAAUCCUAACUUCUUUCUACAUUUGCUGGAGACUGAAAUGAAGUUGCGUUUUGUUUUGGGGGGAGGAGGAACAGAUGUGUGACAAAUUGUAAUUUGUGGUGUUUUUUUGUCUUUUUCUACAGUGUGCACCUAAUAAUACACUCCCCACUCCAAUUUUCCUACAAAGGUAAGCAAUAGUCCUGCUCGAAAUACUACUAAUCCCUGAAAGAGCAGAAAGUAGGUUUAUAUGCUCACGCACUUUAGUCCGAGCUAACUCAUAGUCUGUGUUGAGUGAUGAAUGAGCCAAUUGUCCGCUGCAUUAGUGAUCCAUGUAGUGUUUAGUAAAGAAGCAGUUCAGAACCAUGAAACUAGUCACAGCUACUAAUAGGCUUUGUAGAACGUUGUGUGCGUUUAUGUAAUCUGUAUUAAAAAUCUGUUUUUCUUUUCUUUUUUUUUUUUUUCUACUUUACUUUAUAAAGGAACAGUAGUGCCAAAGACCUGACGUCAUUUGCAGCUGAAGCCAUUGCAAUGAACCGUCAGUUGAUGGAGCGAGAGGAGGAAGAGAAUGGAGUAGACUCUUCAAAAACCUCAUGUCCCAUCGUAGUCAAAGCUACCUCUUGCUCCAUGCGACUCUCCCCUCCUUCCGAAUCCAAACUGGCCAAGAGGAGACAACAGGGAAGCAAAGGAGGUGUCUCUCCUCCCAGCUUGUCAUCCCUUCUUAUUGCCACGGACUAAGCUACAUCCUUCCCACUUUAUUCUCACCAUGGUUUUGCAUGUGAGUUUGUGACGGGUUACAAGUGGCAGCCUACAGGGGAGGUCCUUGUUUUUAUACUCGUUCUUACUCUGUUGUGGGGUUUCAGCAACCAGUUUGUUGAGAUGUUCCUAUCAAAUCAGCAUUUACCUGAGUGAUCCAGACUUGUGCGUUCAAAACUUUCAGAGGUGCAGUUACUUCUAGUUAAAAAUGAUUUACCUUUACUACCACGACCCCACCAGGGCAUUUAGUCUUUUUCAUUUUUUUAAAAAUGAUAUAUAUGUAUGUGUGUAAUAUACAUACAGUCCUGCAAUUUGUUUGUCUGCAAUGCAUUGCAAUCAUAUAAUAUUAUAUAAUUUUUUUGAAAUAUAUAUUUUGGUCAGAAAUCCUUUUAAUAAAACAAAAAAAUCUAAAUCUAAGCCCUUUGAUCAUUUAUUUUAAAUUUUUGUAUGGGGCUGAAACAUUUUUUUUUUUUUGUUUGUUUGUUUGUUUUUAUGUAUUAAAGUAUAAAUGCUCUGGAUUCCACAUUUGAGUUCCAGAGUGGGGUAAGCACUCCACUCUCGAACUCUGUGGGGGAAAGUGCUGCACCUCUUUUAAAGUUUAACGUCCGAAGCAGUGGGAUAAAAUGACCUCUUUCCAGAUUUGUAAGGGUGACUGUUUGCAUUUUGCCACUCAUCUUGGAGCUUUAUUCUAUGAUUGUAAAUAACACCCCGGAAGGGCUGCUUUGUACCCUGGUCAUUUUGCAAUCAUCGGGAGUCACCAGGUUGACUAAAUGGCCUCCAUCUGUAUGAUGAAGCACCAAUGUGAGUGUGUGUGUGUGUGUGUGUGCGUGUAGCAUAAAGUUAGGAAACCCAACUAAUUUUACAGUUUGAUGGAUAAUGUCACUGUUAUUCAGGUCUCCCUGGUAAUUUUCAGAAAUGUAUCCCAUUAAUCCAACUCCCAAGUAUUCGGAUAUAAUAAGCUAAUCAAUAUUGAACAAACAAAAAAAACACAACACAAUCUUGUAUACCUGGUGCGCAACUAAAAUUGGGUAAACACAAAUACUUUAAGUCGGUAAUUGGGUAAUGGUCUUCAGCAAAUAUACAUGGAGUCCUGUAGAAUAUCAGUGCUAUCCAGAUAAUCCUAACUUUAUCCUGAGUUUGAACUUUUAUUUAAGUGGUUUGUACAUGUAUAUAAAUACAUACACAAAUAGAGCUCUGUAUGUUUCUACAUAUGUACGUGUAUACAUUUUCAUAGAUAGCCCAGCAACAAGACUGGUUUUCAAUUGGCUGGUUUCCAAUUACCCAUAAUUUGCUGGAGUAUGAAUGCUUUUUUUUUUUUUUUUCAAAAACAGCUUUAGAAACCUUUAAAAAAAAUUAUUAUAUAUUCCACCAAAGGAUAUAUAUUUUGUUAUGUUUUUUUCCUCUUUUAGCAAACUGUGAAACAUGCUUCUCCUUUAGCACUUGGAUUUUUGGAUCAUUGGAAGGGGAAAUUUUGCCAGAGUUGUAGCAUUGAAAUUCUAUUUUAUUUCUACUUAUUGUGGAAAUAUGGAAGGAUCCUGCAUAAUUUAAGAAAUUUGAGUUUUGCAGAAUCCGUACUGAAACUGCCUCGAUCGAGGUGAUUGUGUAUAGUGGGGUAGUUCAGGAUAAUGACUGGUAAGCGUCCCGUGUGACCUUUAUCUCCUGAACUUUAAGUGUCAGAGUAGUGCGCAGUUUGUUUGACCCUGUUCGGUGCAAUCCAUGAAUAAAUUCUAUCAAGGGUAUUUGAGUUGAUAACGCACAAGCUCAUUGAUUGGUGAUGUUACAGUUAACCUUCUCUGUGGCCGAUGAUGUGCACACCACUUUGCUUUACACUAUGGUCUACAGCAAGCGUGGGCAAAAGAUUAAAUCCCCAAUUUUGAAACUACAACUUCACGAUGCCUUGUUGAGCGCAAUGCUGGCAAUGCAUCAUGGGAGUUUUUGUUUUACAACCGUUGUUGGGGAAUCGUUCUGUCUAUAUGUGGUGUACACAGCUCUUGCAGGCAGGGAUAACUUAGCACUCCUAAUGGAAUAAGGGAUUAUACUCAAGGUGGCUCGGGAUGAUGUGUGGUGGUCCACGCUAGUGUCCCAUUCAAUAAAGCCAAUAAAGAAUUUGGUAGGGGUAUUUAGGGCAAAGGCACUCCUUUUUACAUUCUUCUUUGUGGAUGUUUAUUCUCCAGGAAUGGUACAUGAACACUUUGUUUUAAUGUAGGAAUUUUCUGGUGGUUGGUGGGAAGAGCUGGCCGUUCAAUCUGAAGAGAUUGAAGCUGUAGUAGAAAGCGAACGCAAAGUAAUGAACAACUAAUGUGACUAAAUCUUGUGUUGGACUGAACAGCCUCUCAGUUGAUCAUUAGUUUUCCCACCCCUACAACUCGCCAAGAUCACGCUCAGAGGACCUGUGGAGCCCCAUGCAAAUAGCAUUGCUUAUAAAAAUCCUUACCGUGCUCCUUGAGGUCGGUAGAGACGUAGCCGUGGGUAAUGUGGAGGUGCUUGUCUGUCAAAAUAUACAUUUUGUUCCAUGUACUCCAUGUGUCCAAAGCACAGUUUGGUGGUGCUAUUUAAAAGAGUAUUGAUAGUGAAUUCACUGGAACACUUUUAACCAAGUAAGAGCCAAGUGCAUGCAGUUGUUUGGACUCUUAAGUUUUAGCACCUUUACUCAGGGCCUAAAACUCAGGGGAUUAGUGAAUAUUCCCUUUCCAGUCUGGGCACAUCUAAGACCUCCAGUGUCACCUAAAGUCUCAUGAGACCUCUGAGACUCAAGGUGAAACGCUUCUUUUAGCUGAAGCCACUUCCCAACGAGUUGCGUUCACUGUCUGGACGACACGGCCAACUUUUCUGGGAAGCUCGGCUCACUUUCCUUUAGGACUGCAGCGCGCAAUAUGUUUGUAAACCUUGCCUCGGCGUGGGCAAGUACUAUUUUUACAAGAAGAACCUUUCUAGGGCACUGAUGGAGUAAUGAUCAGAAAAAUUGCUAUGUUUUAUUCUGGUGGUUUUUGUAAUCUUAGUGUGUUUAGGCCCUGAAUUGUUCAUAUUUUGCCUUUAAAAGUAUAUACCUGUUAUUCUAAACAAUUGCUCUUUUUGAACAAAAUUGAAGUACAAGAACCUGGAGUGGGGGCGUAAAAGAAAAAUCUAUAUAAAUAUAUCUGUUAACACACAGGGCCGGCCUUAGGACUGCCGGCCAAAACAUGGUUUGUGCACAAUGUCUGAUUGGGUGCAAUGACAAUGUGUAUCAAAGCUCCUGUGUCAUAUGUCAGUGUUCUGUGUAUGUCGGUGUUUAUGCAUGAGUGCAUGUUGGUGUUUGUGUGCUUGUGCAAUAUAAAUACCAUCUCUACACGUUUCUGAAUGUGAACUACAAUCUCAAUGAUAGCAAACAAAGCUUAUGGGUUUUGGGAAUUGUAGUUCAAACACACUUUAAAUAUGUAAUCUGCAGGUGCAUGUGAUGUGUAAUUCCCUUGAUGUCUAUAGUGGAAACUGUACAUCACACGUAGUUAUAUAUUUUUCGAUUGUGUCUUUCUACCAAAGUUGGGGAUCCUUUCCUAUCUGCCUCUUCGUUUAACAUAGAAACAUAGAAUGUGACGGCAGAUAAGAACCAUUCGGCCCAUCUAGUCUGCCCAAUUUUCUAAAUACUUUCAUUAGUCCCUGGCCUUAUCUUAUAGUUAGGAUAGCCUUAUGCCUAUCCCACGCGUGCUUAAACUCCUUUACUGUGUUAACCUCUACAGCUGGAAGGCUAUCCCAUGCAUCCACUACCCUCUCAGUAAAGUAAUACUUCCUGAUAUUUUUAAACUUUUUUCCCCUCUAAUUUAAGACUCUCGUCUUGUUGUGGUAGUGUUUUUUUUUUUAUAGUCUCCUCCUUUACUGUGUUGAUUUCUUUUUUUUUUAUGUAUUUAAAUGUUUCUGUCAUAUCCCCCCUGUCUAGUCUUUCUCUCAGUCCUCGUGGUUUGUCUCCCUCAACCCUUCUACAUUCCUGUUAUGGUUGUGUGGCCAUGCUAUCGGUGCUGCGUGAGUCCCUCUCGUGUCGCCUCAAAACUUAAAUCCCACGCAACUGAUCGCUAAUGACAUCUCAAAUCUGCAUGCCUGUAUCACCAUGAAGCGAUCCGUGAUGCAGGGUUUAAGUUUUGAGGCUGCACUGCGUGUGAAUGAAUGGAUGGAAGCAUAUUUGUGGCGUUUUCUGACUAUCAGGGCCCCCUCUCUGUGUACGCACAGGACACUCAUGCCUAAGGCCGGCCCUGUAUAUACAGAAAUAUUAGGAUAAACUGUUCUAAAAUGAAACCGUGGAAAUAUAUAGAAGCAACUUUUAUUUUAUUUUAUUUUUUUGCUCAAGCAUAUCUGCUUUCAGUAAAUUUAGAUGGUAUCUGAUACGCAGUAGGCUGUCCUCAAGUAAGUAGUUUUCAGUAGGUUAGAAAAUAAGCAGACUAUUAAAAAAAUAUUAAUAUUCUGCAUUGAGAGGCCAACAGGCUCUUUAUGGUCAUAAGCUAUGUUAAUGUGCAUUGCCAAGAAAUUGUGUUACCACUCUGGCACACAUAGGAUUUUGGGGUAAUGCUGUAUGAAUGCGCACAAACCUACGUAGAGUGUUCAAUAGGUUUACAUAAUAGGGUAAAGACCUAACAUACGAAUGAUGCCUUCAUAUUUGUAUGAGUGGGUGGCGGUGACGGGCUGGGAAAAGAAUGUGUCUUUGUUGCAUAAAAGUCAGAAACACACAAAAAAAAUGGCAAAGUCAUUCAGGUUUAAUCACCUGUACUUGGCUUGAGGAAAAUAAAUGGUGUAUAUUGUCCUCAGCCGAUAAAUUCCAUCCAAACUUGGACAAUUUUAUUAUAUCUAAAGACCAAGUAGGAUCCCAGGAAAGUUUCACACCAUUUAAUUCCAGUAUUACCUCUAACUGUGGGACAGUACUGGGAGACUCCUGGCACAAUAACCACUACAAAAAUCUGUAGUGGAUAUGGUGUUUAGUGUGCCCCUGUAAGACCUCUUCCAGAGAACUGACUAAAGACUCAAAUUUAUUUCCAAAUUAUACGACUGAAGAGCCUUUACAUAUGACCCCUUUGAAAAGCUCAACAUUGUUUACCAAUUGGUCCUUUUUUGGUAGCAUAUUUGUUACUGACCUGAAUUUUGAGCUAUAUUGAUUUAAAAAAUAAAAAAUAAAUAAAAAUUGAAAAAAUUAUCUGAAAAGAGCAGGGUUUUUUUCUGUUCCAUUAAACAGACUGCAAAGAUAAAUAAAUAAAUCUGUAUUUUAUCACACAAUAUUGCUUACAAGAAUAUCCAUUCCAAAUCUUUAGUCCAGGCAAACCUAACCUUAAUUAAAUACACUAAAAAUGCAUUUUCAUGUCCGUAUCGUACUUAAUGACACAUCUGCUUAACUGCCUCGCUGUGUUACAGUGACGAGGGUGUUGAUGAAUUGCUGUCCCUUAAUCCUAAAUGUCCCUCUAUCAGUGAGACUAUAUUCUAAAGCUGCGUUUUUAAUCCAUGUCCAUCUGACCGAUUUAUGCAAUCUUAUGAAUUUUGAAGGUCUACAUUCGACCAUAUCUACAACAUGCACAUUGUAUGGAUUUUUUGUUUUGUUUUGGUUAUGUCAGCCUGUUGGUCCAUAGGGAAUGUUUGUGAUUUGUAUGGAAUUAAUCGAAACUUUGUUUUGGCUUUUUUUUUUUUUUUUUUGUACUUCUAAAGAAAAGCUCACUUAAGAAGUUUGGUUAUCACCAAGAGGCCGAUUCAUUAAGGGCAGUGACAUUAACGUUGGUUACAGAGCAAUAAGGGUUUACUAAAUCCAUUUAACAGCUGGUUCCCUUUCCUGUCUAAUAACCCUCCAGGGUGAUCUUCGUUUGGUGCAAGUGUUCUGUAUUACGCAGCCUGACUGUAUGGGUCAGCCCUGUAACCCUCUUAAGGACACCGCUUCGGAAUUAAAGAGCCAGCAUGACGGAAAUGUUCCGUCUUGUGUCCUUAAGGGGGAUAAGUAACCAGAUACAAACAAAUAAAGUGCCUUAGUGCAGAUAAUGUACUGCCAAGUGAUCAGAAGAGAAAGUUAAUGGAAAAUUAGCUUGGAAAUACUUUUCUAAUGCCAUCAUUAGAGCUUGGAAGAUGCAGCCUUGCAUAAAUGUACAUCUAUUGGUUUUAUGCGUUUCUAUAUAGGUGUGCGGCUUUUCUGAUUGUGCUCGUACAGACCAAGCACUUGGCUGUAUUAGGGUUUCCAGUCUUUGCCUGAAUUUGCAUGUUGGUUUCAUCAUUUGCAUGUGUCUGUGCAGACAUACAUUUGGAAGCCAAACAUUCCAUUAUUUGUCCUCGAGGGUGAUGCUGGAUAAUUUUACCAUUCACCCCCAUAUUGCUUUGCUUCCCAGAGUCGUCUUCAUUCCCAGCUGAAGAUAUGUGUGCAGGAGGUAUAUACUUUUGCGAUUCUGGGUGUCGUACUUGCUAUAUCUUUAUUUGAUUACAAAUUGUUAUUUUGAUUUCUUUUUUUUUUUUUAUAUAUAUAUCUGAAAGCAAGAAAACAUUGUCUUAUAUUAAGAACACUUGAAUCUGCUGACUGCAGUGACCUUUCUGUACAAAUGUUAAGGUCAGGGGAAAUUUAUUUUGCAGGGGUUGAACUAUAUGGGAAUUUCAGGGAUCUUAGAGUUUUUUUUUUUUUGUUCUGAUGACCCCAAGAAGGCUCCAUUAAGUGUUGGAGACCUAACAGGGCUCCUUUUAAAAAAUAAUAAAAGCUUGCUUUAGGAGCUUGGUUUAAAUUCCCCCCCUUGUCCUAGAUAUUCAUAGGGAGUGGGGAAGUUGUUUUAUUUUUGUAAGGAUUUUUUUUUUCUUUUUUAACUUUGCGCACUUCAAGUAGGGAUUUACCGCUGCAAGUAUUAGUGAUCAUUCGGGAAAUGGAAAUGUUUGUUGAACCAUUUGAAAUGUUAAACUAUUUUUCUAUCCUUGGGACUAUGUUGAGAGCAGCUUUUCUAGUGCUUGUCCUCUUUCUUCCAGUUACAUGAGAGGUUCACUGAAUGAACCAAUACUAGGGCAAACCUGCAUCGGGAAAAUGCUCCAAUUGUCAUUAUCAGACCGUGACAAGAUACCCCUGUAUCAGAAAGUGGCAGGGCAAGGGACUAUGUAUGUGUUGUUCUCUAACACCAUAUGCCACAGCAAAGAGGCACAAAUAAAAAAAACAAAAAACUUUCUCACUAGUGGAACUGGGGUGGAGGGGGAAUGGAGCUUUUUGGGGGGGCGGGACAGGGGGGUUAUUUUUUUUAAAUCAUUGAGUCUUUUAAAGAAGAGAAUUGGUAUCGAUCUUUUCACAAGUGACUUUCAAUGAUUAAAAUAAGUUUUAAACAAUUUCUGAACCUUUUGGCCGAGAUCAAGUGUAGUAACUAAAUUAUCAGUUUACUGUCUCACCAUGUAUUGAAAUGGAUUUUUAUGAACAGGGUGAUGGAAAAAGCUUGUUCUGUCCAUUCCAUACAUUUAACCUGUUAUUGCAGUACCUACAGGACCGGUGCACAAAAAUAAGCUUUGAAACUAGACAAGGUGUUAUGUUUUUGUAUUUAAGUGCUUGUUAACCGAACGACAGCUGGUUAAAUGGGCUCCGUCAACUUUGCUUGUUUAAGCACUUGCCCUGCUUUGCAGAUUAUUUACUUGUUUUUGUUUUUAAUAACAUCGUUGAAAUAGUGUCCUACCUGCAGCUUGUAAAUCUGAAAUGUAUACAUUUUUUCAAAGGAAAAUGCAGGUCCGCUCUAGAUCAAAAAGAAAAGAAAAAUGAUCGUUGUUUGUUUGUUUUUUAAAAAAAACAAAAAGCUUUAAUUUGUGUAAAUUUUUUUAUUUUAUUUUUUCCGUUAAGCCACUUUAUUUUUCCACUUACAAAGUGGCCAAUGAAGUUUUCUGUCUAGCAGUAAUAAGGUUAUUUUAUCAGAUAUGGUUUUUUGGGCAGUGAAAAGCUGCUAAAUGAUCCUGGUUAUCAAACUUUAUUUUUUGUCAUAAGAAAUAAAAUAGAGAACAGAGUGCAGGAAUUCCACAUUGUCCCUAAAAGAGCUGUCCAAUGUGAAAUGCGUACAAAUCUUGAAACUGUGAAUUUCCCAUCCAUUAGGCUUUUCAGAAAAUGUUUAAAAAAACAAAUUUAAAAAUAUAAAAUGGCUUUUUUUUUUUUCCUUUUCUUUGAAGCUGCCAAAGUUUUAUACUCAAUAUUAUUUUGUAAUGCACUGUGGAAAGUAGUCUCUGUAAAGAGAAAAUGUUGGGCGAAGGAUUUUUUUUUUCUUUUUCUUUUGGCUUCUUGAGGAGGGGGGUGGGUGGGAGGUCUGGGAUGAAUAUAAAAAAAAAUAAUAAUAAAGAAAAAAUCUGGAAAAAAAAAAUAAGCACUUUACUGUAUUUUAACAGGCAUUUCUGAUGCAGCUAAAGGAGACUUUGUCUGAUCUCCUGAUUCCAUCAGAUAUUUUUUGUAUUCUGUUUUUUGUAAAAAUUUAAUAAAAUGUGAAAAAAAAGUGACUUGCGUUUUCUUGCCGUCUUAAAUGACCAUUUAACUUUAGUUGGAAAGUUUAAUUAUAUUACAAAAAAUAUUUUGCACCAUGUACUUAUAGUGCAGCAAUUUUUAAAAAUGACAAAACGGUCCCCAUCUGCAUGCAUAAUUUUAC